AUGGAAAGCGACACCAUCGACGCGACUAUCUCGGUUCGGCAACUUUCGGAGGUAGUCGUCAGUACACUGCCUAAUAUUCUACCGCGUGUCCAAAAGUUCUGGAGAGUCGUCUCUCGGUCUCCUCCAGGCACUGGAGACAAGAAAGCACCCGCCAGGGAGUCUAGACUCUCUCAAAUUGGCGCCGUAAUCUCACUUUUCGCACCGACUGCCGACACAGGCAGGUUCAUUAACCAGGACCAUGAAGAGGGCAUGCAAUUCAUCUUACAGGCAUCAGGUCAAAGUAGUUCCGACAAUCUAGAUCCAGCGAUGAAGAAUGUACUAGAAGCCACCUCGGACAGUUCGUUCGGGGAUUUCAUUGUGUUCAUCGUAGGCUCAGAGAAGAGUUGUUGGGAAACGGUCGCAGGCGGCUACUUCCCUAUCCCGGAAAAGGGGCUUCCCCAUGUCCUCUUCCAGCUCCAGCCAACCUUGCGUGUGUUUCGCUCGAGGAUGACCGGUAGACCUCUUACCAAACUCAUCAUACCUGAAGAAGGGCAAGGUUUGGAAUGCAAGGAAGCGGCAUCAAGCCGACAGUGCUGGGUGUGCGACUCUGCAGGGGCUCUGAGCACGGGGAUCCAUGUUGACCCUGAUACAACAGCAACUCUGAUCCUAGGUGAGGCAAGCUAUUACAUGAAUACGGCCGCCUCGUUUCUGGGAAAUCAUGGUUGUGGGAAACAAAGCUGGUUGUAUUCCAAGACGCAACGAUGGAGGUUUAUGUGGUCACCAGUGCGGAUGCGACCAGUGAUAAGCAGACAGAAUGAGUUGAUGAGCUCAUGA